GCGUAUAAUAGGUUUUAGAUUAGUAUAAUAGUAGAAUAAGAUCAAUACUAGCUUAUUGGAUCUGUUCAGAGAGAGGGUCACCUCUUCUUGAGUGAGGGAUUCUACUGAAGAGUCCCUCCCCUCCUGCUUGGCAACUCCCCAUGUGCAGGGGACUCUGGGAAUGAAUGGUGCCCAGGCCCUUUCUUUCUUUGAAGCUAGCCAGGAAUGUGAGGCCUUUUUUCCCCUCUUCAGACACCAUUAUCAGCAGUGAAAUAUUCCCUCUGCUGGGCCUAUUGUGCGUUUGCAGCGAGGACGUCACAGGCCUGCAAAGCCCGGCCUCUCAGCAGGGUUUGAGUAGAGCGAGGCCGCUGGAGCUCCACUCACUGUGUCCUCCUGGCUGCACAAGUAACAGGUCCGUCCAUAGCAGAAGACAGCAACACCUCCAGGAUGUUCUGGGAUUAUGAAUUAACACAGAAUGCGUAACCAUUUCGUGGCUGAUUCUUGGACUUUCCAGACAUGAGCUCUGGUACUUUUGGAAAUCUGCCAAUUUUGAUCUAGGGGAUAUUGAGAAACAUCUACUGGAUGGCAAAUAAAGUACAUUGGAGACAUGACUUGAACAUUUAUAGAGGGAACAAGUAAAUGUGCCUUGUCCUUUGUUUUAUUGGAUCCAUGUUUCCAGCUUGCACUCCAGAUGGAUUCCUACAGCUUCCAUUUUGAGAGAAUGAGUAACCUUGACGUGUAUCCUCUUAGUAUUCCAGUCAGUCGACUUUCCCCUGCAAAGUCUACCAGUAGCAUAGACCAGUAUACUCACCAACACGGCAAAGGAGAUUCUGCUUAUAGCUCUUUCUCUGGAGGAUCUACUGCACCUGACUACCCGUCACCCUUUCUGUCAGACGAUUUCCACCCACAUAGCCUGCAUUAUGCAGACCUCAAGUACGUGAAGGAUGUAUAUGGUCCCACCAUCCUUGAUUCACAUUCAAAGAGUCCGGUUCAAGAGCAACUGUACCAUUCCAUGGAGGCCAUUGCACAUCAACAUCAACAUCAUCAAAACAACAAUGGGUGCCACCUCAUCAAUGAUCCCCCAGCAUCUUCUGCCCCUUUAACACCACCACCACCUCCUGCCCGUCUUGAUAGCUUCAUAACCAGCAGGAACCUUGAGACCUCCAGGGCACGGCAGAGUCCUGAGGGACAACUUGCAGACAUUUCCUUUUUAAGAACCCAGACAGCUAAUCCUGAAGCCCAUGGUCCGAGACCUGACCUUGUCUUUGGGCACCGUGUUUCGCAGCAUUACCAGAGGGACCAACUCAAGCAAGACCUUGCGGAUAAGUUCCCAGAGUCAGAAACCGCCUUAAGCCCACUGCCCUUGCAGACAAGUCAGCCAGAACACUCACAACAGAUGAAGUGCAGCCAGUCCGAAAUUCAAAAGAAGAGGGUGAAUUCAGCUUAUGGGGUUUCGGUCACUGAGCAGCAACAUGCAGCCAGCUCCUGGCACACAGCACAAAACACGAUCAGUGGAAGUAUUCAACACAAAGGGCAGUUUUAUUUUGUCACUGGCGUGUACAAAUCGCCUGGGUCCAGUAUCCCACAGGCACAGUGUGUGGUGGAGAGUUCCUGCAAGGAACCCCACAGACAAGUUGAACAGCAGAGGUCUCACAAUACUGUGGAAAACAUGUUCAAGAAUGCUGAAGUAAGAAAACCAAGCAGCCCUGAAGGCCCCAAUGGUAAACUCUUCUUUCAAGAGGAAAACAACAUUAGCCCACCAAAUGAAGAUACAGAGUCUGCCAGUAACCAUGUCUUUAAUAAUUUCUGUAAGACUGAAAAAGUUCCUCAAAAUUUUGAUGACUUGGAAGAUAGCCAGAGUUUCAUGAAUGUGGAUGUAGGUAGACAGCACACCAGCAAUCAUCCAAUCUUCUACUGUGGCCCAGAGAAGAGCUUCUCAACAUCUGACACAUCUUCAAACAGGACUGUUCCUGAAAAGAACCAAAACCUUCAUGCCACGAACGAUGAACCUAUACCCAGAUUGAUGAAACAGCCCUUGGCAGACAUGCCUACAGACAAAAUCAGCAAAGAGACCACCCCUCUCCUGUACCACCUUACUGGCGCCAGCCAGGCCUCCCUGAUGAACAAGGUCAAAAAUGACAAGAACUCAAGAUUGGCAAGCAAGGACCCAGACUCAGGAAAAGACAAGCGUAAAGCAGGAAAAGAUUCUUCUUGCGGUGACUCACCUCAAGGUGAUGCAUCUAAAGAAGAGAAGACACAAGACUUUUCCUACCCAUGCAACACCUUAGAUGAAUCUUUUAAAAAAUACUACAAAGAAAAACUGAAAGAUGCACAAUCUAAGGUUUUGAGAGAAACGUCGUUCAAAAGGAAAGAUCUACAGCUUUCUUGGCCAAACAGAAUAGAGCAGUGGUCCAACAGGAGGUUCUCCGUCUCACCAUCAGGACCAGGUUCUUCUGGUCCUUCUUCACAGAAUGUGCGUGUGCAGCCAGAAAACCCCAUCCAACAUCACCUGCCCAGAGUUCAAGAAACAGAUAAAGAGUCCUUGAAGAACACAACCCAGGUUGAAAAGGAAACUGCACAGACUCAAAAUAUUCCACAGCCACAGGUGCCUCGAAUUGGCUCUAGGAGGCGUCUGACAGCAGCACAGAAAAAGCUGUCUUCAUCUGAGCCAGAAAAACUACAUCAGCUGGCAGACAGACCCAUACAUGCGACCUGUCGAUCCCUUGGCAGCGAGAUGGAAGUACUGCUCGCAGAUGGUAAUGUUGGUGAGCAUGGCUUGGCUGGUGAACAUGGCCUGGUUGCUAACAGAAGAAAGAUGUUUGAGACGAGGGGACGUGCUUUGUCAACGUCCAGCAUCACAAAAAGCAGUCUUAAGCACCUUCAGCAAAAAGCCUUGGUCGCAUACAUGGAAAGAAAAACUGGCCACAAGGUGGCUGAGCCUCAGCAGCCAGCUCCUCAGGUACCCAGUCAGAGGCAUUCAACCGCAGGGAGGCACUCAGACUGGGGUUCCAGACCUCAGUCAGCCAAUGCAGGCUCCAAGAAGCUUCUCAGGCCACUCUCUGCAGGCCGCAUUCUAGACUCGAGCUCUGCCAGAUCUACCCAGCCUGUCUGUGCCCAAUCAAGCAUUCACUCACAGCAGUCUAGCUGGAAAGAGGGUCUGCCGUCACCACCAUUACGUGCCUCAGUGGAGAAUCUUCUGGAUGAGCAAGAGCAACCCGGCUCUUACAGAACCAGCAGCAAUUCAACAUCACACACUUUUAAUCAGAUCCACAGACAUUUUGAACAGACACCUGCCUAUGACAAUGACAUUACAAGGAGUGCAGAAGGAGAAACACCAGUGUAUAAGCGCUACGGAGGAUCAAUUCCAGACCAGCGGCAAACGCGAGUGAUGCCACCCAGAGGAAAAUCAUUGGAGGAACUUGGAGUGUCAAAGGCUAUCAGCCCUAAAGCUCUAAGCAAGAGUUCAGAGCAGUUAACUCAGCUCCCCGACAAACAAGUACUGUCCGAUAGAGAAAAGAAAAGUUUAUGGUUUUUGAAGCACGAACACGGCCAAAGAAAACUCAAGCAAGACUGUGCACUUCUGGUUGGCUCUGAGAAGUCUCCGACUCAGGUUUCCUCUGGUCAUCAGGUUUCUAAGGAAUCAUGUUCAUCCACAAUUUUCCACACCAGGGCCAGAUCAUGUGGUUCCUAUCCUGCAUUUUCUGCUUUGGAGUUUUCUGGCCAUGCUAAUUGUGUGCCCAAUUGUGACGACAAACCCACAGUGAUGCUGUAUGGUGACAACUGUAUUGGAGUCACAUCUCCAGCUAAUUCACAGAGAAGAAACAGUGAAAACAUCUCAAGUGUCAGCAAAAUGAGGGGCCUUCCAUGUGGGGAAUUCUUAAUAAAGCCUGAUGAGUCACCUGCAGAUGUGAAUGAGAGAAACAGUGAUAACUUUGAUCAAGAAGUAUCCCUAAGUCUUGGGGUCACAACAGAAGCCAGUUUAUGGGACAUGCCACCUGAGGUAAAUGACUGUAAUGCAGGGGAAGAUACUGAACAUACAGCCCCUGGCCAUCCUCAGAACACACAGCCUGCUCCAAGCGAUGAGAUGGAAACAGUUCCUAACCCCUAUGACCUCAACACCGAAUUCAGCCCUGACGCAGAUAGGGAUCAGGAAAAAAUAGGACAAGAGCUGAAAGGUGAACCUUUGGAGGGUGAGAACCUGGAAGAGGAUGAUCCAAAAGGUCAAGUUUGGUGGGAGAGAGUGGUUCAGGAAGUGGUCUUAGCAGACCAAUCACUUGCUCGCUUUUUGUAUCCUGUAACAAAUCGGAAAACUGCACUCAUGCUAAUGGAACAGUUGUUAUCAGAGGACACUCUUUUGAUGGAAGAACACUAUAAGAAAAAGCAAGAACAGAAAAUGAACAGCCCAGAUGUAGCUACACAGAGCUCUGAGAUGACUAAUGCAGAAAAAGGUAACAACACCUUACCACCAGAAGAUGAUGGAAUUUCCCUGACUACUCAACAGCAACACAGAAAGGGCAAUAAAGGAGGUGAUAUCACAGAAAAGAAGAAGCAGCUGAUAGUCUGUAUUAAAGUGCAGCUGGAAUCCCUGGAGGGUUUGCGUUCCUGUCUACAGGGUGAGGAGAGGGAGAAUGCGGCACAGGGAGAUGCCAUGGAGGCUCUGGUGCGUGCUAGCUGUAUGCCAUCAGAACUGGAGCGUUACACACAGUUCAUCGGAGACCUAGAACGUGUCAUUAACCUGCUGCUGGUCCUGUCAGCGCGCCUGGCCCGCGUACAGAAUGCCCUCAGCACUGUGGAUGAAAACACGGACGCUGAGGAGAAGCAAUCGCUGGACAACAGACACCAUCUCCUGUGUAAACAGCGGGAAGAUGCCAAGGACCUGAAGGAUAAUCUGGACCGGAGGGAACGCAUGGUGUCCACCUUCCUUGCCAAGCAGCUGACGGACGCCCAGCUGCAGGAGUACAAACGCUUCAUCCAGACCAAGGCAUCGCUACUGAUCCGCCAGAAAGACCUAGACGAGAAGCAGCGUCUGGGAGAGGAACAGCUGGAGGCGCUGCAGAACAGCAUUCCUCCGUGAAAGGUUUCACACCUCUUUCAGUCUUUCCUGAUUCUAAGCACCCUCAGCCUGGAACUUGCAGCCUGACAGCAGAUUUUCAGUGCAACCAGAGACUGGCCAUGAUUUCAGGCUGGUGUCAUUUCAGUGGCAGUGAGAAACCUGUCCAAGUUUGAGUUUUGUUAAAAAAAAUUUCCUGUUGUUCAUUCUAUUACUAUUUUACAUUGUAUUGCUUGUAUUUUAGGUGCUCUUUAAUUCACAUCUCAGCAGUCCAACUCUGGAAACUAUGAAAAGCUUUAAGUUGGGUGUCAUAAUAAUGGUCAGAGUGGAUGGAAAUUAUAGAAACCCACCAAGCUGUUGCUCUUUGUAAUUAUUAUCUUGUUAUUGUUUUUUUUCUUUUGUAGUGCUUAAUUUAUUUUGUACUCGGAAGGCACUCUAAAUGAAGACCAAAAAAUUAACGUAAGAGAAAAGAAAGCACUUUGAUAAUGUAACUGCACGUACAUUUCUUACCUUAAAACCUUAAAACACUGAUUUUACAGAUAUUCCAACAUUUAAUCUCUUAAUCCAUUAAUGUAUAUUUAUUUUCAUUAAUAUUAAGUAUUUUUAAUAUUAAUUGUUUUAUGGACAUUUUAAAGCCACAAGUGUAUUUUUUUUUUGGUCCUGUCCCAGUAUUUCAGCUGGGAAGUAUCAUGCACCUUUGCACUGACUGGAGCAGAUCUACACAAAAAAACGUACACAUAGCAAAGGUCUGUUUUUUAGAAACUAAAAUGGUUUAAAAAAUCAUAAUCUCAAUUGGCUGCCUUUUAGAUUGUAUGAACAUUUCAUGAUUGGACACACAUAUAUAAAUCCAUCCAGAAUGAUCUGGAAUAAAUCAUUAUAUGACAUUGACAUAUAUUAAAGAUUAUGCUGGUUCUAUAUUCUUAUAAACUGUACCUUGUGUCACCGCAGUGGUGAUACAGUAUGUCUUCUGCCAGCUACUAUUCAGUAGUCUUCACAUUGUCUUAAUACACCCUAUAAACUCUGUAUAUAAGCCCACACAUUAGUGUGUAAUGCUCUUAUAACUACGUUGUUGUCAUAGUUAACAUCAUUUCAUAUGCCCUACAAUUGAACCUUGUGGGACUCCACGAGAUAUGCAUAAACAAAUGGGGACCACAUAGUUUAGAACAGUUUCUACAUGAAUAGAUACAUAACUGAACACUAAAUCUAGGGUUCAUUGGCUUAAAGUGAUCAUAGUGCCACAUUAUUGAAACUACUGUACAGUAAAAUGUGGGUCUGCACAGUGACUGAAUGCUGAAUGAGGGAAGAGAUUUUCUUGUCUAUGCUUGUCAGGUCAUGCAGCUUCCUUCCUUUUCCAAUCAAGUGGCAAACCAUCUGGCCAUCAGUGUCAUUGUGAGCGAUGAGCAAGAACCAGUGACAGAAGACAGAGAAGAGGAGCCAAGCAUGAGAACACGGUAGCUCUUUUACCAGCUGAAACUACUCUUUGUCUCAUUGUUAGCUUUGUGUUGCUUAUUACUGUAAUUGAGUCACUCGCUUAUUCAGGACGUGAUCAUGAUUUGUUAUUCAUGAUUGAAUCAAUGCAACUCUACCAACUCUAGCUCUACUGAUUCUGAGUACAGGCUUCAGUUAGUAAUAGGAAUCAUUGAGAAUGAAAAAAGUUUUCUUUUUGUAGAGCAGCAAUGGGAGAGCUUGCUAGUCAUUUACUUUUACUGUUUGUAAUACAAACAAAACCACCCAUAUUAUGAAUUUGACAUUCAUUUUUCCACAGUUCCAGAGGUCACACAGACACAGUUUAGCACAGAGCGCUCAUAAACCAGACUGAGCCCGGUUUUCUCAGAAUAAUGACAUAGGAAUCCAUUGAUAGGCUCUAUAUUUUAUGUGCCAGAAGAUCUGGGAUCUUUAUAUUUACAGUACAGAAAAUGGCGGAGAACAUAUUUGGGCUGUGGGAUGGACAGAUGGAACGGUAAGAGCCUGACCAGGCCUGUAGCAGACAUGCUAAGGCCACGGUAGAUUUGUUGGACAAGGCCUGUGUAGCCAGCAUGCUAACAGCGAGUUAGUGUUGUGGGACAAGGCCUGUAGCCAGCGUGAUAAAGUCACAAUAGCAUUGUGGGCUGAAGCUUGUAGCCAGUGUGCUAGCACCACUGUUGUUCCUGAAUGAGACCUGUAGCAGGCAGGCUAAGGAUAUUAAACAAGGCCCACAACCAGUGGUAAUACCUUGAUAAUGUUGUGCUACAAGGCCUGCAAUCGGUGUGAUAACAGUCCGUUUUAAAUUUCACAUUUAGCAUGCUAACUUGCUAACUCUGUGUUAAAAAUCAGAGUGGGAACUUUUACAAGAUGUAAUGUCAUAAUACACCUUUACUGGCCUGAAACAGUUAUCAUUUGAUCCUAAGUUGGAAAAAAAGGCCUAAAUGCCUCUUUAUUUAUCAGUUUAUCAAUCUUCAAGUAUGAUAUUUGCUGAAGUAUAUCAGUGAAUAAAUAUGAAGUGCUUAGGAAUUCCUUUUUUUUUUUUUUUGUUGCUGUAAUUCAUUGCAUUCAUGUUGUAUAAUUUUAUGCUUUUGCAACUGUAACAGAUUUUCAGCUUGAUUUUGCUUCAGCUGUUUCCCCAUUACAUAAGACAUUGUAUCAUUAUACCGAUAAAUCAUACUAAAUGCAGAUUUUUUUUUUUUUAACCAAGAAUGUCACAGACUGUUUAUGAACCUUGCUGUGUCUAGACUUACACUUAGACGUAAGUUUUUUUAAAUUUGUGAGCUGAAUUUGUUUGGAAAUUGAGCUGUCAUGAAAAAAAAAAUCUUUAUACAGCUGCCUCUACUCACUUUUUUCUUCUGUGCAUUUUUGUGAAGAUUUUUUAGCCGCUUGCCGUUUUCGUCUGACAAACAAAUGGGUAUUUGUUUUGGCUUUUGUACAGCGGGUGACCCCCAAAGGUUAAGCGGGCCUUUUCUCUGGAGUGCCCGUGUUUAUUCGGCCGCAAGAAAUUCCAGAGGUAUGCGGAAGACCACUAGUGUUUUCCACACAAACACGACAGCCCACCAGCAACAAGGCGCCACAUUCUUGCCUUGAAAAGGCUGUUUCCAGUCACGUAUCCUCCCUUUUACACGUUUGGAGACACCUAGCUUUUCAGACUGUUUGCAUAUACAGUACAUAAGAGUUUUCAUUUUGCAGUGGGUGGAGUAGAUCUAGUAAUGUAAGGAUCUUGGAAAGGUUUCUAACGUUUUAGGUUAUCAGCACUUGCUGAUGUAUAAAAGCUACUUAUUAAUACACCAAAGCAUUAAUAAAUAGCUUUUAUACACUGAGAUGCUGAAAAUGAAAGAUCAAAAAUUAGUGUUGUGUCUCAUGAUAUUUGCCCUGUCGCUCGGAAGCUAAAGAAUGCUGCACUAAUAUGUGGGAUAGCUUGUUUGCUUUGCUUUGUCUUGCCAUAAGCACUAAAGACAGUGGUCAAGCUCACUCACAAGAUAACACCUCAUAACAGGUGUGAGUGUUCCCAAUAUGUACCCUGAGUUAUAAACUAAUGAUUGAAUUACAUAAUGCUAUGCCAUGAUCAGUAUAUUAGGAAAACCCUAACAAUUAAAGUCACUAUAAAAGGAAGUGACUCCGUGAAAGGCAAGGUGUCUCCAAACUCUCAACAGGCAGUGUAUACAGAUAUGUGCAGAUAUGUUUUUUUUUUUUUCAUUCAUCAUUGGUUUAGGCUGGUUGGUGUUGUGUCCCAAUCCAACUGGAGGAGGAGGAGGAGACUGAGUGUGUAUUUUGGGUCAGACCCCAUUUAUCUUCAUGAACGGGUGUAAAUGUGUGCUCAAGUGUCCAGAUGCUGUGUUACGUACUCUCUUUCUUCCCUUUUCCUCUUUAAAGCACUUCAGUGCACUGUUUGUAAAUUGAACCAUAUGCAUUCUGUUGUUUUUGUUAUAAUGUGAAUAAAUAAGACUUUUUCCUGACUGCUA